UGACUGCUUCGACCUCCUUGUAAUCUUGUAUAUCACAAAUACCAACAGAGGGUGCCCUGGUUUUGAGACAAAGAUUAUCAACAGAAUUUGGAAUUUUAGAAUUUAGACAGCUCAUAAAAUUUAGGAUGGGCUGCUUGUAGCUAUGAAUCGAGGCCCAACGAUUCGCACCGCCUGUCAAUUGUCAUCCCAGAAAACAAAAUGGAAACUUGAAGCAUGCGCAUCAUCGUCUUCCAUACGCCAAGAACCCUAGAUUCAUAAAUCGAUUUUAUCAGAUGACAUUGAAAUCAAGGUCGGAACUCCUACAGGAACAAUCUAAGACCAUGGAUUUAAUGGAUGUGAAUCAGGUGUUGGAGGUUCCUGACACACCUGAUAGACAACAAAUAUCAGCAACACAUGAUAGUGACUUCAAUGAAAGGCGAAACAAUGCUUCCACAAAUAAUCAAAAACCAAGUAAAGAUUAUAUUAAUGGAAGAAUGAGAAAUCAGCAAAUUGAAAAUGGGAAAUCAGUCACAGUUAGUGGGAAUCGAAGAUUGUUUAUUCAUCCCUAUAGUUCAACCUCUUUUGAACAUCCUAAACCUUCUGUAGACACUACAAGACAUGACAAAGGUAAAGGUAAAUCUUUGUGUAAUUCUGAUGUUCAAAAGUUAACUCAUCAAGAAGGUGGUAGUUUUGUUGGUGUACCCAAGCAAAAUGGGAUUGGAAUUGGACAUUCUGGAAUUAGCAGAGUAAAUGCUUUUACUAAAGGUGUAUUACCCCUCAAUCGUAUUCCUGCACUAGAGUCUUUAGAUAGAUCAAGCAAAUCAUGUAAAGUAGAUAAUACUUUCAAAAAUGUUGCUCAUCAUAAAGCUGAAAGUAGUAUUCAACCUUGCUCAUCUAUCAAAGUCCCUCAUAAGAGAAUGUUGGUUAGAAAUGGAUGUAUAUCUCCUCAUAACAUUGCAAAAUCUAAACACAUUGAAAAGAAGGAUGAAACUGGUAUUGUGGUAAAAGAAGUACAAAAUGGUUCAAUUUCAAAUACAGUUGAUAUUAAGGAUAUGGUAACUGAAGAUAAAGAUUCACAUAGAUGUAAGGGAAAAGGAGUAUCAGUAUCACAUUCACAUCAUCCUUUAAAAGAGCCUGAUAGGAAAACUAUUCAUAAAGAACAAUCUACUGAAUCAGAAAGAUGGAGAACCACACACAACCAUAGGAAACAGAGAGACAUUGAACAACAGAAAAAAGGGUUGAUGCAAAGGGAUCAUAGGAAUGAAAAAGAUUUUGUUAAUCUUGAUGAAUCAAAGAUAGUGUCUUCUUCUUCUUCUUCUUCAGUGUCCAGUUCAAGAAAUCUUGGAAAACGUUCUGUGUCACUUGUGGAUGAUUUUAAUGGAGAAACUUCAACAUCAAGACCAAAAAGGAACAAGAAUCUUAAUGGUGUGGGCCCCUCGAAUCCAGUGGUGGAGCCCAUUACAUGUAAUAAUGAGGAUUCAAGUGUUAGAGCUUUACAGGUUGAGGCAGAUGAGAUGUUGGCUAGAGAAUUGCAACAACAGUUAUACAAUGAGGAGCUGACAUCUGUCCUUGAAGUUAACGAGAUGGAUUCAAAUCUUGCAUUUGCAAUGCCAGCUCAGCAGGACAACAGUACACGCCAAGCUGGAGGUCGCCGUGCAUAUCGCCGUCAAACCCCAUCAUCAUUAAAUGCACGACAACCAAAUACUUCACGCUCCUCUUCAAUUCAAAGACGCCUUCAACCUCAAGCUCGUGCCUCCUCAAGAAUGUCUCAAUUGAGAACUCGUUUCCAAACAAUUAACAGAAGAAACUCAAUAUUUCCUCCAAAUAUGGAUGUGGAUGUGAGAAUGCAAAUACUUGAAAUGUUAGAGGCGGAUGGUGAUAGGAGAAGGCGUAAUGAUGUGUCACGAAUUCGGCGGGAAUUCAAUGAGGAUGAUUAUGAAAUGUUAUUGGCUCUUGAUGAUGAUAAUCACAGACAUGGAGGUGCAACUCAUGCACAAAUUAAUAACUUACCAGAGUCAACUGUUCAGGCUGAAAAUCUUCAAGAAUGCUCAAUUUGUCUUGAGACUCCUGCAAUUGGUGAAACCAUUCGUCAUCUUCCUUGCCUUCAUAGAUUUCACAAAGAGUGUAUCGAUCAAUGGCUGAGAAGGAAAACGUCAUGCCCUAUCUGCAAAUCAUCGAUUGCAUAAAUUGCUGGGAUUUUUGAAUCAAAAGUCAAAGCCAAAUAUUCCAAUAGUCUCAUUUCAGAAUCCCAAGGUAAACUCAACUUGGUGUUUGUGAGUUAUGAGAGGAAAAUUAGUUUAUAUAGUUAGUGUUAGUUUAGUAAAAAAAAACCAUGGUAUGGGAAUGACAUCAU